CUUUGCUAGCACAGUCGUCGGAUCUCCAGGGAGUUUUUUGAACUAAAGUCGUUUUCUAUUGGCCAGACACUGAUCAGCUGGUUAUAUUUGCUGCUGUCGCUUUGGCGCUCGGCCAUCCUGAAACAAACCACCUCGAUGACUACUAAUAGCUAAACCACAUUGUGUACUAAUACAUAACAAAUCAUAUUACUACAGAGUGUGGAGCAAAUGAGUUCGUAUUUUGUGAACCCCAGUUUCCCUGUUUCACUGCCUAGUGGCCAGGACUCUUUCCUCGGACAGAUCCCACUUUAUACAACGGGCUAUGAUGCUCUAAGGCACUUUCCAGCUUCCUAUGGGGCAACCACCCUCCAGGAUAAGAGUUACUCUUCACCUUGUUAUUAUCAACAAUCCAAUUCAGUAAUAGCUUGCAAUCGUGCAUCGUAUGAUUAUGGUGCUUCUUGUUUCUACCCUGAAAAGGAUCUAGCCAGUAUCUCGCCAUCCGGUAGUGGAAAGCAUAGACCCCAGGAUGACUUCUUUUCCUCAGACCAACAUUACAAAACAGAUUGUGCGCAAAACAAAAUUUUGAGUGAAGAAGGAAACGACCGGAAGUACAGUACUCCAAUUUAUCCUUGGAUGCAACGAAUGAAUUCAAGUUCCAGUUCUGUAUUUGGGCCUCAUGGGCGUCGAGGACGACAGACCUAUACACGAUUCCAAACACUUGAGCUGGAGAAAGAAUUUCACUUUAACAGAUAUUUAACUAGACGCCGCCGGAUAGAGAUUGCCAACGCACUCUGCCUCACAGAACGUCAGAUAAAGAUCUGGUUCCAGAAUAGGAGAAUGAAAUGGAAAAAGGAAAACAAACUUCUAAACACAACAGAAUCCAACAGCGAAGAAGCAGAAGAUAAAACAGGGGAGUAAGAGCGCAAAUUCAAAGGAAGUUACCCUGGGCCUUUCUGUUUGGUAAUUGCGUGUGCAGGCAGGCCACUCAAAUGGCUAAUCUUCUUGCUCAGAGGACUAUCCACAGCUCCACAACUCCAGUAUACAGGAAAGUUGUGUUUUCUUGCAAUACAAGGAUUGAAAUACAGCCUGACUUCGAAAAGUAUCUAACGACAUGCCCUGAACUUUAAGCGAAUUCAUUGCCUGGAUGGAUCCCCUGCUCAAUUCACUCUUUUAAUUUCUC